AUGCUGGCAUUUGGGCAGCUCCGGGGGCCCGCCUCCCCGGCGGCCACACGCCCGCGCCCCGGCCCGCCCGGCGGGGCACGACGCCAACCGGGCCCCCCUCCUCGCCCGCUCGUCUCACCCCACUCCCGUCAGGGAUGGGCGGUUCCGGGGGGAGCGGAAAGCGGCAAGCUGGACCAGGAGUCGGGCACGCCGGCGGCCCCGAGGCCCGGGACGCCAUCCCCGGCUUUAGGGACCGUCGGCCGGCUUGGCCGCAUCUCCCGGCCGCCGCCGCGGUCGCGAGGCCGGGGCGGCGUCGCCGGGGGAGAAGCGGGGCACGGAAGGGGGGCUACAUUCCGAAAUUCAGUUACGCGAGAAAGGUCAAGGCAGCAGCUAGAUCCCAGAGGCCGUGGUUUCCGAGCGGUGACUCUCACCGGCAAGGACUCCAGAGGCCCCCCCCGCAAGUGCACCGCGAGGAGGCGGCCGGCCGGCCGAGCAGAAUAUAAAAUACAUCUCAUGAUUCAAAUACUGCUCGAUUUCCCUGGUGCCGGGGACCGUCACCCCGAGCACCGCGGACACGAAGAGCGGGGGGAUCCCCGUCUGUCCCCUUCCUUGGACUCGGCCCGAACCGCCGACGCGAACCACCUUCCCGUCGACGCGGGCGGUCCCGGGAGCGAGGCCUUCGGGAACCCCUUGGCCUCAGUUGGCCCCGCUGACCCGGCGCUCCCUGGGUUGCCACCUUUCUCCGCCUCCCCACGGGACCCAGCCGCCCCAGCGAGGUAA